AGUUCUCCACGACCCUAGUUACAACAUUAAAAACACGGCGAAAGUACAUGUGGUUGGUUUCCAGUUGAAGAUCGUUGAGUUGAGUCUCCGUAGGUCGGAUGGCGCCAAAGCUCUUAGCAACUUCCCCGUUUGUAGGAAUUGCAGUACUCGUCCCCCUCAUAGCUCUCUUCGCCUUCUAUUACAAGCCCUUCUCCCAACAGAGAUUGUUCACUGUUGAAGAACUGGCUUUGUACAACGGGACUGAUGUGAGUUUACCGAUUUUCCUAGGAAUUCUCGGGUCAGUUUUCGAUGUGACGAAAGGAAAAUCUCAUUAUGGUGAGGGUGGGGGGUACAAUCAUUUUUCUGGAAGAGAUGCUUCACGAGCAUUUGUUUCAGGAAACUUUACAGGAGAUGGCCUCACAGACUCGUUACGUGGUUUAUCAAGUACACAGGUGAAGAGUGUCGUUGAAUGGAGGGAUUUCUACUUUAAAAGUUACACAUUUGUAGGGAAGCUAGUAGGUCGUUACUAUGAUUCUCAAGGAAAUCCUACAAAAUAUUUGAAGGGAGUGGAAGCAAAGGCUGCGAGAGGUGCUCAGCUUUUGGAGAAACAGGAGAAUGAAGAAGCGAAGCAACCUGGUUGCAACUCAAGGUGGAGUCAGGAUGAGGGUGGAGAGGUUUGGUGCGAUGAGGGUGUCCCAAGGUUAGUUCAGAGACCGCUACAAAUGGCUUUGACUGGGAAAAUGAGCACACGAUGCGCAUGCUUUAAUGAAGAUCAACUGGACCGACCGGGGUUAAAGAUCUACGAAGGAUGUGAUUAUCUUGCCAAGACCUGCCGAGUAUAAAUGAGAUCCGUUCUGGAACUUCCACGUUAGAGUAUAUCGUUCUACAGCUGAUGCCGCCUCACAUGGUUGUUGAAGAGGAUGAACGAGGGCGGAGUAACAGAAGCAUUGUUGAUGUGUUAGGUCUGCAAUUUUCCACCUUGCAUUACAUGGAUUUUACAACAAGAACAAAGACAUGUGUAUUUGUAUGUUUUCUUUUAAUUUAUAUUGUGAAUUAUGUUUUCUUGCUUCAAGAUAAUCAAUCAAUCAACAAACGUUUCUAAGGCUCGAUGGGGUCAUGUUUGUUU